AGCAAAUUCACAUCACUUCUUCCCUCUUCCUUACCGCUUGCCCGCUCAGCCGGCACGGACUGAACCUCCUGCGAUCCGUCCUUGAAGUUAACUUGGGUUUUGAAAUAUAUAUAUACAUAAUUUAAGAACAUCGCAAUGGCCACGUUAAGAGCACUGAGGAAAUGUUGCCAAAAUUCCCAUCAAGUAUGUAGACUUCAUUUGUCAGCGUCAAGACAGGAAGCGGUGGUGAUCUCCGGCAGGAAGCUGGCGCGGCAGAUCCGGGAGGAGGCGCGGGCGGACCUGGAGCAGUGGGUUUCGGGGGGGAACCGGAGGCCCCACCUCAGCGUGGUCCUCGUGGGGGACAACCCAGCCAGCCACUCCUACGUGCUGAACAAGACCCGCGCCGCCGCCGACGUUGGAAUCAGCAGUGAAACCAUCCUGAAGCCCUCCUGCAUUUCUGAGGACGAGCUGCUGGAACUGAUCCACAAGCUCAACACUGACCACAGGGUGGACGGCCUGCUGGUGCAGCUGCCUCUGCCAGAGCACAUAGACGAGCGACGCGUGUGCAACGCAGUGUCUCCUGGGAAAGACGUGGACGGCUUCCACGUGGUGAACGUGGGCCGCAUGUGCCUGGACCAGUCCACCAUGCUGCCCGCCACGCCCUGGGGAGUCUGGGAAAUCAUCAAGCGCACAGGAAUCCCCACUCUUGGGAAGAACGUGCUGGUGGCGGGACGCUCCAAAAACGUAGGAAUGCCCAUCGCCAUGCUGCUGCACACAGACGGGCGACAUGAGAGGCCUGGAGGUGAUGCCACGGUAACCAUCUCCCACCGGUACACACCCAAAGAGCAGCUCCGGCAGCACACCAAGAUCGCCGACAUCAUCGUCGCGGCUGCAGGAAUCCCAAACCUCAUCACCGCGGACAUGAUCAAGGAGGGGGCGGCCGUCAUCGACGUCGGCAUCAACCGAGUCCAGGACCCCGUGACCGGCAAGGACCGGCUCGUGGGCGACGUGGACUUCGAAGGAGUGCGUCAGAAGGCCAGCUUCAUCACACCAGUCCCCGGGGGGGUGGGGCCAAUGACCGUGGCCAUGCUGAUGAAGAACACCAUCAAGGCGGCGAAGAACAUCCUGACCGCCCCAGAGCGAAUCCGAUUGGUAGCGUCCAGCUAAAGGGCCCUGCCCCCUACCCCACAGCACAUUCCACACCCCCCCUUUUUUUUUUUUUUUUUUUUACAUCUGACCCAUCAUUCGCCAACACCGUUCACUGAGGCUGAACGACACAGGAAGAAGUUAAGCUCUGCUUUGACUGCUUUUUCCUCUUUUUCUAUUGGAUCUCCCCAAAGCUGUUACAUUUUUUUAUUUUUUAUUUUUUAAACCUUACUGGUUUUCUACCUUUUCGCGCUUUUUUCAUUUUGCCCUUUUCAGGGUUCCAAGUCAUUUUUUUGGAUGAAAUGUAUUUAUUUCCGAAUGUUUUGCCUGGAGGAGAUGAGACGUUUACUGCAUAGCUGGAGAAGGCGGAGCCAGGAAAGGGGGUGGAGCCAGCGGUCACCUCGGUCAGCUGAUGGAGAAUGAGGAGGAGAGGAGGGAGGGGCCUGUUGCCAUUUCCCACCCCCACCCCAUUGACAGCUACUGAUCAGCGUCUGCUGUCCAGUGAGCCCAGAGCUCUGUAGACUCAAAGCCACUGGGCUUUGCUCUGGAAACCAAAGGGGAACACUGAGGCCUUGGAGCUGGCCAGGAGAGCCACAACAAUCAUGCAGGGCUGUCACUCUCAGAAUUAAAGAACUAUUCUGUUCUUCCACAAUGAGAGAGGUGCUAUUCGACAGAUUGACUGAGCAAACUUUAUAUUUACAGUUGCAAUUUUUUGCAUACAAAUAAAUAUGCCAACACAGCAA